CUACUACUACAACCAUAUUAUUUACCAGCAACAUAAAGUGAAACAGAGGCAGAGGUGUCCUGCCACAGUCAGUAACAAAUAAACAGAAAACAGUAGUGGUCAAAUACAAAUAAGGCAACAAGAGAAGUAUCCUACACUUCUCUUUUGUAAAGUAAAUCUGAACAGCCUAUAUGGGCAUCUACAUCAACUAUAUGAUUUGCCUGAGAAGCUGGACAGGACAAAAAAAUAUAUAUAUAUAUUUUUAUUUUUAUUUUUAUUUUUUUUAUUUGUGGCGGACGUAAUUAUUUCGUGGCGGGCCGCCACAAAUAAAUGAAUGUGUGGGAAACACUGAGUUGGAAUGUCCACCAGAGCUGUUGCCCAUGAAUUGAAUGUUUAUUUCUCUGCCAUAAGCCGUCUCCAAAGGCGUUUCAGAGAAUUUGGCAGGACAUCCAACCGGCCUCACAACCGCAGACCACGUGGGACCACACCAGCCCGGGACCUCAACAUCCAGCAGAUGCAUCUCCAUGAUUGUCUGAGACCAGCCACCCGGACAGCUGCUGCAACGAUUGGGUCUCCAUCUGACUGCAGUUCGUCGUCGUAACCGACUUGAAUUGACAGACGCUCACGUUCGAUGGCGUCUGGCACGUCUCUUCACGGAUGAAGCCCAGUUUUCACUGUUCGGGGCAGAUGGCAGACAGCGUGUGUGGGAGAGAUGAUGUCAACAUUGCGAAUGGAGUGGCCCAUGGUGGGGGUGGAGUUAUGGUAUGGGCAGGCGUAUGUUAUGGACAAUGAACGCAAGUGCAUUUUACGGCAUUUUGAAUGCCCUGUAUCGAUCCUGAGGCCCAUUGUUGUGCCAUUCACCCGAGACCAUCCCCUCAUGUUGCAACAUGACAAUGCACGGCCCCAUGUUGCAAGGAUCUGUACACAAUUCCCGGAAGCUGAAAACAUCCCAGUUUUUGCAUGGACAGCAUCCUCACCCGACAUGUCACCCCAUUGAACAUGUUUGGGAUGAUGUGGAUCGGCGUUCCACUUCCUGCCAAUAUCCAGAAACUUGGCACAGCCAUUGAAGAGGAGUGGACCAACAUUCCACAGAACACAAUCAACAACCUGAUCAACUCUACGUGAAGGAGAUGUGUUGGUGGUCACACCAGAUACUGACUGCUCUUCUGACCCCCAACAAAGCAAAACUGCACAUUUCAGAGUGGCCUUUUAUUGUGGGCAGCCUAAGGUUGUUUAAUCAGCAUCUUGAUAUGCCACACCUUUGAGGUGGGAUGGAUUAUCUUGGCAAAGAAGAAAUGCUCACUGGAAACGUGUCCGACUUACUGACACGUUUCCAGUGAGGGUUGGACUCCGCCAAGGCUGCCCUUUGUCACAGAUUCUGUUCGUAACAUUUACGGACAGAAUUUCUAGGCGCAGUCAAGGCUUUGAGGGGAUCCGGUUAGGUCUCUGCUUUUUGCAGAUGAUGUGGUCCUGAUGGAUUUAUCUGGCCAGGAUCUUCAGCUCUCACUGGAUCGGUUCGCAGCCGAGUGUGAAGCGACUGGGAUGAGAAUCACUGCCUCCAAGUCCGAGUCCAUGGUUCUCGCCUGGAAAAGGGUGGAGUGCCAUCUCCGGGUUGGGGAAGAGACCCUGCCCCAAGUGGAGGAGUUCAAGUACCUCGGAGUCUUGUUCAGGAGUGGGGGAAGAGUGGAUCGUGAGAUCGACAGGCGGAUCGGUGCGGCGUCUUCAGUAAUGCGGACGCUGUAUCGAUCCGUCGUGGUGAAGAAGGAGCUGAGCCGGAAGGCAAAGCUCUCAAUUUACCGGUCGAUCUACGUUCCCAUCCUCACCUAUGGUCAUGAGCUUUGGGUUAUGACCGAAAGGACAAGAUCACGGGUACAAGCAGCCGAAAUGAGUUUCCUCCGCCGGGUGGCGGGGCUCUCCCUUAGAGAUAGGGUGAGAAGCUCUGUCAUCCGGAAGGAGCUCAAAGUAAAGCCGCUGCUCCUCCACAUGGAGAGGAGCCAGAUGGUCAGGAUGCCACCCGAACGCCUCCCUAAGGAGGUGUUUAGGGCACGUCCGACCGGUAGGAGGCCACGGGGAAGACCCAGGACACGUUGGGAAGACUAUGUCUGGCCUGGGAACGCCUCGGGAUCCCCCAGGAAGAGCUGGACGAAGUGGAUGGGGAGAAGAAAGUCUAGGCUUCCCUGCUUAGGCUGCUGCCCCCGCGACCCGACCUCGGAUAAGCGGAAGAAGAUGGAUGGACGGAAGAAGAAAUGCUCACUAACACAGAUUUCGACAGAUUUGUGAACAAUAUUUGGGAGGAAUCGGUCUUUUAUGUAUAUAGUAAAAGUUCAACUCAUGAAUAUGUUUGCUUAGUAUAUGUACGUAUAUAUGAUAUACUUAAAUAUAAUAAACUCUU